CAAGUUUUUUUUAACUGUCCCAUCCACCUCAUUUCCCAAAACCUUCCUGGUACCUGAAUCCUUCUGAGUUUAGUGAUUUUUGUAAAUCCAUCUCAACUUGUCCCCACCUAACAAUCCACACAUUUGUUGAAGUCCGCUGAUGCCUUCUUAAUCUACAUAUCCCUCCAACACAUUGCUCUGAAUUCUUGAUAAGCUCAACUAAUCAUCCAGAGUUAGCUUGGUGUUCCUCAUCUGCCCCAUCAUUUCACAAUAUGUAGUCUCAUAUUCUCCACUUUACUCAUUGCUUCAUAUUUAAAUAUAAAGCUAUAUUUAUUGAUGCUUUCAGUUUAUUCCUCUAGGAAACAGCACAUGUUACUUUUAACUGCACUGUGUUGCCUUAACUCUACAUACCUUUUCAAGUAUGCUGGAUUGGAUAUUGAUAACCUGCAGAACUUGGAGUGUUGUCUGUUUGUCCUUUUCCCAUAUUUUUCUUACAUGCUGGCAGAAGGUCUUGGUCUUUCUGGCAUUGUGUCUAUACUGUUCACUGGAAUUGUAAUGAAACGCUAUACAUACUCAAAUUUGUCUGACAGUUCUCAGAGAUUUGUAUCUUCGUUUUUUCAUCUGAUAUCUUCAUUAGCGGAGACAUUCGUAUUUAUAUAUAUGGGGUUUGAUAUAGCUAUGGAACAACAUAGUUGGUCACAUGUUGGAUUUAUUUUCUUCUCAAUUCUUUUUAUUGGAAUUGCAAGGGCUGCAAAUGUAUUUGGUUGUGCAUAUCUGGUAAAUAUGGUAAGACCUGCUCAUAGAAAAAUACCACCUAAACAUCAGAAAGCACUCUGGUACAGUGGACUUCGAGGGGCUAUGGCUUUUGCACUUGCUUUGCAGUCAGUUCACGAUCUCCCUGAAGGUCAUGGUCAGACAAUUUUCACAGCAACCACAGCAAUUGUCGUUUUAACGGUUUUGAUAAUCGGUGGAUCAACUGGUACCAUGUUGGAAGCUUUAGAUGUUGUUGGUGAUGCUUACGAUGGCUCCUUGAGUGAAAGAUUAGAGGGAAGUAAUGGCUACACAGUAACUUCUUAUGAUGAGGAAUCAUCAUCCGGAAGCAGGUUCAAGAAGCUAAAAGACUUUCAAAAGAGCGCAUCAUCAUUUUCAGCAUUAGAUAGGAACUACCUAACUCCAUUCUUUACAAGUCAAAAUGGAGAGGAUGAUGAACAAGAUGAACGGCCAAGCAAUUCGAGACGAGGGUGAUAGGGAACUCACUCAGGCUAUACUUCUAUAUCAAAAAGAAUGACGGAAGCUGCUCUGUAAAGUUCAAAAAAGUAGGGAAAAAGAAGAUAAAGAAAAAAACAAGGUACAUUAUGAUAGUAAGUAGAUUAUCUGAACACAUAUAUUAUAAAGGGUAAAUACAUACACCUGUGUAGGUGUUGAUUCAUCAGAGCAAGAAGGUUUAUUAACCCUUAAGAUAUGUAGUGACCAGACCAAAGUUAUGGAUGGUUUGUAAAAAUGAAGUUUUACCUUAAAG